AUGUCGAGCGGAGGUGCUUUCUGGGCUGCAGGCAACCAGGCUGUCAAGUCGGCCAACUUGCCCACACCUUGCAUUACUGAGGCGCCACCACAAGGAAACCCUGAUCCCGUUACGCAGCAGAAGAAAGGACUCGUGCUCAAAAGUAAGACAAACUCCACGCCUGCGCACAAUUUUGUCAAUGGAAACGGCGUCACUCAUGGCAAGCCCAACGGUAAAAAGACUGUUUGGGCAGAUGAGGAGGAUGAUGACGAGGUUUUCACCCACGAGUUCUUAACCGAGCAGAACUCCCCGCCUAUCGUCAGUCUGCAGACAAAGAUUGCUGUGCAAGGGGAGCGUAUCAAGGAGCUAGAGGCGACUGUCGUCGCUAGGUCUCUUCGAAUUGCCGAACUCGAAGGUAAGAUCCAAGAAAAGGACUGUCAUAUCGAGAUCCUCGAGGGCGACAUCUAUGAGCGGGAUGAGCAGAUUGAACAGUUGAGACGGGACAACCACGAGCAAUAUGUAAAGUUUCAAGACCUGCACCUCGAAGUCUGCGCCAAGGCAAGCCUCAUUGGUGAGCUUGAGACAGAAUUGAAGCAGCCCACUACCACCCAGGAACCCAAGCAGGUAUCCGUCCCACACUAUCCACCACCACCCAAGGUUGAUGAUGCGGAGGGUACCCAAGAGACCAAGGCUGAGAUAGAGACGCCUACCACACCCACAGUUGCUCCAGAUACCUCGAAGGUGGCUGAUUCUCCCGAGUCUCAAGAGCCUCCCGAAAAGGCCGCCGGUGUUGCUACUGAAGACACUGAGAACGAGCAGAGCGCAAGUACUACUGUCGGCCCGUCGUUUAAUGACUCCGAGUUUCCGACCUUCAUAACUAAAGAGACACUGAAGACAGCCCCUCCCGCCCCGAAGCCGAAGACUUUGACAUUCCCCAUGGACAUGUCCAAGUAUGGUAAGAAGACUGCCACACCGCUUACCACAAAGCAAGUGCAAUCUUCAUCUCCAGCCGCCGGAAAGAACAGUCACACUACGCCGUGGGGUCAUUCGUCCAAGCAAGGACGCGUCAAGACGGAUGUGAAGCCAACUUUGGAUCAUCUGGCUGAUAUUCGCCAAAUGUCGCAUGGACAACGUGUCUUGUACGCCAACGGCCCAGAGGUCACUGUCAAGCUUGGGAACGUGGAACUGAUGACGCUCCCCAUGUAUGUCCUGAUGCAGUGUUCGAAAAAGGCAAUGGACCACUUUACCGCCAACCCGGAUGCAACGUCCUGGGUGCUCCCCGCUGGUUCCAUGGACGUCGAAGCAGCCAAGGCGCAUCUCAACUGGAUGGAAGAAAUGACGUACCAAGGCCGCGUCUACUCGAUCACUCUAAACACGGCGCCAGCCUAUGACACCAAGAACCUGCGCAUUUGCCGCGCCGCUCGUGUUCUGGGCUUGAACAACACGUACGUCGGCCACUUUACCAAGCAAUUCUGCGACCGCAUUCGCGAUAAACGUGCGUCGUACGAGCUGAUGGAUACCGUCUGCGAGCUUGCGUAUCCCGACAACGACCCCAUUUUCGAGUGCCUCGCCAAUAACCUUGCCACGCGCAAGAGGGCCGGCAACGUCAAGGACCCAGCAGGAUUAGAGAAACUGAUGGCGAAGCAUCCGGUGCUCGCAAGCAAGAUGCAGCAGAUUGAGCAGAAGCUCGCUGGUAGUCGGGCGCGAAAGUAG